ACAUCACAACCGCGGAAAAGUUAUUUCAAAAUAAAAGAAUUUUAAUCAAGAUCUUGUAUCUAUCUAGAUCUAGAUUAUAGAUCUAUAUCAUCUAGAUUUAUAUAGAAAAUCUAGAUCUUAAUUAGAAAUAGAUUCAAUCUAGAUUAGUUCAUAAGUCUACAUCCAUAUACUAGUAAAUAGAUCUAGAUCCUAUCUAGAUCUAAACUCGAUUCUAUUAGAUUGCCAGACAUUUAGCCUAGAUCUCGAUCAACUUAGACUACUAGACUCUUUAGUUACUGAAUCAAGUGAAUCUAAUCAAGACUAGAAAUACAAUACUCUAGAUUCUAGAUCUAUCUAGUAAUUAGUACUAGACUAGUAUUAUAAUUAUACUAGAUCUAGAGUCUAUAUAGAUCUAGAUCUAUAUAAGUAUCUAUAAACUAUAGAUCUAGAUAAGAAAUUACCGCAAAGAAUGGGAUUUUUCAAAGAACUGUGUUUGCUUUUGUGGAAGAACUGGUUACUACAAAAAAGGAAACCGUUUUUGGCCGCCUUUGAGGUUUUGCUUCCAAUUGUAUUUGCAAUAAUACUUGUAUUAAUCAGACUAGCCACUGAGAGUCAACCAUUUCCUAGGGGAAAAUUUUUUGAGAUCAAACCUUUUUCUGUGCCUCCACCUUUGCCGCUUGCAUUUACGCCGCAAACCACAGAAACUAUUGAAAUCACGAAGUACUUAGUUAAAAUAAUACGCAAAGACUUCGAGAGAUUCGGCCAAUUGAGCAAUGCAUUUGAAAGUGAUGAUGCAUUCAUUGAUGAGUACAAAAUUAAAGUUCUAUCACUGCUGAAUAAUACUAAUCAUUCAGAGUUAGCUGUAGGAUACAGCACUGAGGAAGAAGCCCUGAGAAAUGGAGUCUUGAAUUAUUUAUUAGUGUUUUCCAAUGUGAACGGCAGUAUCCAUCACUUACCGUGGGACAUCAAAGUUACGUUAAGACCACAGAGUAGCUUUUAUGGCUGGAGAACACAGUUUACCUACCCUUUUUUUCAGAGAAAUUCACCACGAAUCGAAGAUGGAGAUCCUAAUUAUGAGGACUCAUAUUUUAUCUAUGUUCUUUACCUUGUGGGUAAAGCGGUAACAUUGUACUGGAUGAAUGAAAUUGGAAGUAACACAGAUGAUUUGCUGAAUUUUGGUGUGUACACACAGAGGAUGCCUUACCCUCCAUACACAGAGGAUCCGAUGAUCAUUGUUAUACAGAAACAGUUACCAUUGUUUAUUGUAUUGAGCCUCAUUCUUAGUGUGGUUAUGAGCACAAAACAUUUGGUUUAUGAAAAAGAAAAACAAGUGAAGGAGUCAAUGAAACUGAUGGGCCUGUCAUCAUCAGUCCACUGGAUUUCUUGGUACAUUACAUUUUCAUGCUAUUUGGUUCCUGCCAUGGCUGUCUACACAAUUCUCUGCUGUGCUUCUUUAACAAAAAAUGGAUCAGUUAUUGGCAAAACAGAUGCAAGCCUUUUGUUUGUUUUCUUUCUGUGCUAUAUUGUUGCUGUGAUUUCCUUUAUUUUCAUGGUUAGCACAUUUGUACAGAAAGCUAAUACUGGUGCAACUGUAUCUGGAGUUCUGUUUAUUGGAUUCUUCUUCAGUUACUUUUUUAUUCAACGCAAUUAUGAAAACUAUACCAUGAAUACCAAAAUAUACAUGUCAUUUUUGUUCAAUGUUGCCAUGGCUUUAGGAGUUAACAUCAUUGGUAUCUUUGAAGGAACAGGUGAAGGGGCUCAGUGGAGUAACUUUCAUAAACCUGCCACAGUUGAUGACAACUUGAGCUUGUUGGCAUGCAUGUUCAUGCUGCUGGUAGAUUCUGGCAUUCACUUUAUGAUUUGUUGGUACUUGGACAAUGUCAGACCAGGGGAAUUAGGUAUUCCUAAACCAUUUUAUUUCUGCUUUACAAAAUCCUAUUGGUUUGCUGAAAAAGUCCCAACUGAAUCAUUUGAUAGAAAUAUGAAUCUGAACCCCAAAUACUUUGAGAGAGAACCAUUAUUGAAUCCUGGUAUACAGAUAUUUGAUUUAAGAAAGACCUUUGGUGUUAAUGUAGCAGUAAAAGGAACAUCUCUGAAUAUGUAUGAAGGUCAGAUCACUGUCUUGUUAGGCCACAAUGGAGCAGGAAAAACAACAACAAUGUCCAUGCUUACUGGGUUCAUCCCACCAACCAGUGGGACAGCCAUAAUCAAUGGAUAUGACAUACGCAAAGACAUUGUUGGAGUUCGUAAAAGUUUAGGGGUAUGCCUCCAGCACAAUAUAUUAUUUGAUAUUAUGACAGUGAGAGAACACCUGACAUUCUUUGUGAAGUUGAAAGGUUAUACUAGUCCCAACAUUGAUGCAGAAGUUAUUAGCAUGGCAGAAGAUGUGGGUCUAGCAACAAAGAUUGAUACAGCAUCAGCCAAUUUGUCUGGCGGUCAGAAGAGAAUGUUAUCAGUUGGCAUUGCAUUAAUUGGUGGCUCUAAGAUUGUAUUCCUUGAUGAACCUACAGCUGGCAUGGAUCCAGCGGCUAGACGUCAGACUUGGAAUGUCCUUCAGUCUGCCAGACGUGGACGUACAAUUGUGUUAAGCACGCACUACAUGGACGAGGCUGAUUUACUUGGGGACAGGAUCGCCAUCAUGGCUGAAGGAGUUGUCAAAUGUUGUGGAAGUUCAUUGUUUCUCAAGAAACUUUAUGGUGCUGGCUAUCAUCUAGUUAUUGUCAAACAUCCUCAUUGCAAUGUUGGAAAUCUGACAAUUUUUAUUAAAGAAUUCAUCAACACUGCAGAACUUGAAAGUGUUAUCAAUUCUGAAGUCUCUUACAUUUUGCCAGACAAUGAGUCUAGUAAAUUUGCUGUCCUCUUUAACUCACUGGAUGACAAGAAAGAAAUGCUGGGUAUCAUUAGCUUUGGUACUACUGCCACCACCAUGGAGGAAGUGUUUUUAAAGGUCGGAGAUAGUGCUUAUGAUGAAGAUACGACAAACAUACCCAACAAGGCCUCUGACAAGGGUUCGAAUGAGAUUAUUAAUAAUAGUUUAAUAAAUGAAGAUAACAUAGUUAAAAAAGAUAUGGAUAAAAACUUGAGUAAUACUUUAUCUCGUGAUUCCAUCAACUAUAAUGUAAGGAUAAACAGUGAAAACAAUAGGAUAAUGUUCAACAGUAAUCAGUCUUUCAAUUCAGAUCAGCAACUCAUUGGAGAUUCACAAAAAGAUGUCAUUGAUAUAUUGGCUUUCAACAAAACCUUCACCAAAAACCAGGGAUUUGAUUUACAGUGCUCCAGGUUCUUGGGACUUUUAAUUAAAAAAGCUAUUCACACCUGGCGCAACCGGCAUGUCACUGUGACACAGCUGCUGCUUCCUGCCCUUUUCACAAUUUAUGGCCUGGCAAUAGACGAAUCAAGACCUAAGAUAUCUACCCAGCCAAAACUUGUCUAUGACCUUAAACCUUUCACAGAUGUAUUAAUUCCUUAUUCUGUAAGGGAAAGGCCAAGUCAAGAGGAGAAAAAGUUCUUAGACCUCUAUGCAGCACAGUUUCCUAGUUACAGUAAAGAGUUUUUCAAAACAACUGCUUCCUUUUCUUUUUCCAAUUAUACUAUAAGAAGAGCACAAGAGCUUGGAGCCUCAACAUACAACAAGAAGAUGGUGAUCGGUAUGGCACUUAUUGAACCUAAAUUGGAUGAAACUAUGGCUGCUGUUGCAGAAUACAGUGGGCAACCUUACCAUGCACUCCCAGUAUCAGUGAACUAUCUCAUGAACAGCUUUCUUCAGUUCCACACCAACAGUUCCUUCAGUUUUCAGUCCAGUAUCCAUCCACUGCCCAAGGAUGAGUUAACAAGAGCAGAGCUUGAUAGUUUGAAUGCUCGGAUUUCAAGUUUUACAGUGGGAGUUGUGAUCAGUUUUGGAAUGGCUUUCCUGACUACUUUGUUUGUCUACUUCCCCAUCAAGGAAAGACAGAUUGGGUCUAAACACAUGCAAGUGAUGUGUGGAAUCAGACCUUUUUCUUUCUGGCUGCCAACUUUUACUUGGGAUUAUAUCAAUUACAUGAUACCAAGUCUGUUUCUACUGGUUGUUUUCGCUUCCUUCUCCAAGACUGCCUACACUGGCGAUGGACGAUGGGGUCUGGUCAUUCUGAACCUGGCUGCCUAUGGUUGGUCGGUGCUACCAUUUAUGUAUGCUCUACACUUUGCCUUUCAAACCCCUCCUAGUGGUGUAGUGUUUGGUAUCGUGAUCAACAUUUUCUCAGGGUUGAUUACAACAACCACAGUGUUCAUCCUUCAGCUUCCUAAUCUGAAAACUGAACAUAUUGCUGCAAACCUUGACAACUUAUUUAAGGUCAUAUUUCCUAACUAUAACAUGGCCACAGCAUUCAUCAGUAUCUAUACAAAUUAUCUCAAUCACAAGUCUUGUCUCCCCAUUUUAAAUGAUCCUAGUGGAAAAUGUAAUUCUCCUUGCUGUCCAGCCAUUUGCAAAAAGAAAUUUCAAUAUUGUAUUGAAUUUCAAGAGAAUUAUCUGGCAUGGGAUAAACCUGGUAUUGGAUCAUAUCUUGUCUUCAUGACUGCUCAAGGAUUCCUCUUCUUUGUUCUUGUGUUUCUUAUAGAGUAUCACAUCAUCCAACAAAUAUGGAGUUAUUUAUGGGGGAUGUUUGUAUCAGAUUCAAUAGGACCAUCUCCUGUUCAUUUACCAAGGAAGAAUGAAGAUAGUGAUGUGGCCAAUGAAAGGAGGAGAAUAAAUUUAAAUUCAGUGUCAGUUUUAUCAGAAACAGAUGCAUUACUUCUAGUCAACCUAACCAAACACUAUGGGAACUUGAUAGCAGUAGAUCACAUCUGUCUGGGUGUACCUGAACAGGAAUGUUUUGGUCUGUUGGGGCAGAAUGGUGCUGGGAAAACUACAACUUUUAAAAUGUUGACUGGUGAUGUGAUGGUGACUGAAGGAAAUGCUUACCUGAAAGGUUUUGAUAUCAGGAGUGAUAUUAGAAACGUCCAAGCCAACAUGGGUUACUGCCCUCAGUUUGAUGCUUUAAUUGAUCAGAUGACUGGAAGAGAAACAUUAUACAUGUAUGCCAGACUUCGUGGUGUGCCAGAAAAACAUAUCUCGAAUGUAGUCAACAAUUUAAUUGACCUUUUAAUGUUUUGGCCACAUGAAAACAAACUGGUAGGAGCUUAUAGUGGAGGCAACAAAAGAAAGUUGAGCACAGCAAUAGCUCUAAUCGGAGACCCUCCAUUUAUUAUGUUAGAUGAACCUUCUGCUGGUAUGGACCCUAAAGCUAGAAGACAACUUUGGAAUGUUUUAUCUCAAGUCAGAGCUUCAGGACGUACACUGGUCUUAACUUCUCACAGUAUGGAGGAAUGUGAUGCCCUCUGUACACGUAUUGCUAUUAUGGUGAAUGGUAAAUUCAUGUGUCUUGGAAGUCCUCAACAUUUGAAAAACAAAUUUGGUCAAGGUUACACAUUGAUUGUCCAGCUUGGGACUUUGCCAGAUGGAACCAUAGCACCAAAUGAACCAGUUGUGGAUUAUAUUUUAGAAAAUUUCCCUGGUACAAAAGUGUUUGAUGACCAUCAAGGCUACAUUCACUUUCAAGUUCCAGAUACCAGGGUCAGACUGGCUGAUGUGUUUACACUGAUGGAAACCACAAAACUCAAUUUAAAUGUUUCAGACUACUCUGUCCACCAGACCACACUGGAGCAAGUCUUUUUGACAUUCACUAAAGGGCAAGUGGUACCUAUAGAGGAGAUGGAUGCCAGUCAGCUCAAAAAAAAUGUUUUUUUUAUUUUUAAUUAAAAAUAAUGUUUUCAUUUACAUUAAAAUUAGUGAUUGGGUCUGUAGAGAAUAGGAUGUGAAUUAAUGCCUUUAACUUUUAUUUUACUCACAUGAUUACUUGUAAUUUAAGGUUUCAGAGGUUAUUAAUAGCCUCUUUGCUAUAAGUAUCUAGGUAACCAUAGCUGUUGACCUUACAAAAUUGUCUUUCUCAUGUAUAAUGUUGUGCAUUAUUUCUAUCUUCAAUAAAGAAAUAUUGGUAUUUUUGUUUGUUUGAAAUGCUAGAUCAAUACAUGCUAAUCUAACUUAAGAUAAUCAUUUUAUCUUCAAGAUCUUACCUAAUCUUUAUUCUAGUAUCCAAGUGAAGAUGCUAACACUAUUUUGUUCUUGGGUAUACAUUCAAAGCAAAAGGUAACUGGCACUGGUGAGCAAAUAUCUUGCAGAAUUGUCUAUCCUUCACCUUUGUGGAAGUGUGCUUUGCUGCCAUCCUCAGCCCCCCCCCCCCCCCCCUCAGUCAAUCAAUGGCCCUCUAUGUGUUAGUGUUUUCUUUGUGUUGUUUGCCUCUUUCCAUUUCCUAAUACUCUCAUUUCUUUUAAACUAUCUUAACGAAUCAAUUAUCCUGAAUAAAAUGCUAUCCACAUCAGACCCCACCCCCCACCCUGCAUAAUGAUUCUGAACUGUGUUCAACAGGCUAAUUCUCAAAUAAGACCAAGUUCAACAGAAUAUACUCAGAAUUAUAAAGUGGGUUAUAAAAUCCCACUCUUUCAAGGUCUUGUAAAAGAUAUCAAUACAAUGGUCUUUAGCAAGCCUAGUGAAAAUCAGACUCUAGACUUUCUUUCCCAGUCCAGACAAGAAUAACACAGUUCAUCUGAUUUUGCUUUUCUGUCUUUUUGUCAUUUGACUAGACUAACAAGACAUAGAAAGUAUUUUUGUAUCUGUCAGUGCUGACCCAAGUUUUUAGAGAACCAAAUAUUGUAUGUGAUACUACAGAUUCAGAAGUCAAAUCUAAACAAAUCAUUUGAUUGCUAUACAAACACAAUUCUAUGAAAGUGUCAGAAACAUGUUUCUUUUUAGAAAUGUAAUACAGGUAUACCAAACCUAGUCUAGGCUGACAAUAAAGUAAGAGAAAUA